AUGACCAAGAAGAGAAGGAACAAUGGGCACUCCAAGAAGGGCUGUGGCCACAUGCAGCCUAUCGACAGUACCAAUUGCUCCUGCUGCAUGCUCAAGAACAAGGUCAUCAAGAUGUUCAUGAUCCACAACAUCCUGGAAGUCAGGGACAUCUCUGGAGCCAGUGUUUUUGACUUCUUUGUGCUUCUCAAACUGCAUAUGAAACUACAUUACUGUGCAAGCUGUGUGAUCCCCAGCCAAGUAAUGAGGAGUUGGUUCCACAAGGUACAAAAGGAUUCGACAACACAUCCUCCUUCAGAACUCCUGGUGCUGUCCCCGACUCCUUCCAAAGCCCAUGUAAAGAUCUAUCUGCUCAUCAAUAUUCCUAAACCAAUCAGAGGAAAACAAAAUGGUUGGUCUAGGCUAAAACAAAGAACAACAACAAAAGCACAAAUUUGA